CGCCGGGGAACUUCCUGGUUCCCGGGCUCGGCUUUGCCGGGAUCCUCUUGGAAGGGAAACAAUGGGGCUGAGGGCACUGUGGUAGCUGCCGCCGCGCCGCGCAGGACCUGCUCGGCCGCCCGGGACCGCCCGCUCUGCCCGCUGCCCACAGCCUCGCAGUCGGGACCGUACUGAGGACAUGUAUUCCUCUGAGAAACCUUAGACAGCAGAUUUUGGUUUAAUAUCUGAUUGGGACAACAUUCAGAGCCAUUUGCAGUCAUGAAUUCAGACCAGGAUGUAGCACUCAAACUUGCCCAGGAGCGAGCCGAAAUAGUUGCUAAAUAUGACAGAGGACGAGAAGGUGCAGAGAUUGAACCUUGGGCAGAUGCUGAUUACCUUGUUUACAAAGUCAUGGAUAGAUUUGGAUUUUUACAAGAGGUGGAGCUCCCAGGUCAUAAUGCGGCUGUGGAACGGCAAAAGCACCUGGAAAUUGAAAGAACUACCAAAUGGCUGAAAAUGCUGAAAGGAUGGGAAAAACACAAGAACACUGAAAAGUUUCAUAGGCGAAUUUACAAAGGAAUACCACUCCAGCUCAGAGGUGAAGUCUGGGCCCUCCUUCUUGAGAUCCCUAAAAUGAAAGAAGAAACAAGGGACCUGUAUAGUAAAUUAAAACACAGAGCACGGGGCCGUUCACCUGACAUCAGACAAAUAGACCUGGAUGUCAACCGCACAUUUCGGGACCACAUUAUGUUUAGAGACAGAUAUGGUGUUAAGCAACAGUCCUUAUUCCAUGUUUUUGCUGCCUAUUCUAUUUAUAAUACGGAAGUCGGGUAUUGUCAGGGGAUGAGCCAGAUCACAGCUUUACUCCUCAUGUAUAUGAACGAGGAAGACGCCUUCUGGGCCCUGGUCAAACUCUUCUCAGGCCCUAAACAUGCCAUGCAUGGCUGUUUUGUCCAAGGUUUUCCUAAAUUGAGGUUUCAAGAACAUCAUGAAAAAAUACUGAACAAAUUUCUGUCCAAGCUUAAGCAACACUUGGAUUCUCAAGAAAUCUACACAAGUUUUUACACAAUGAAAUGGUUUUUUCAGUGUUUCCUUAAUCGCACUCCCUUUACACUAAACCUCAGAAUAUGGGAUAUCUACAUCUUUGAAGGAGAACGAGUUCUUACUGCUAUGUCUUACACAAUCUUAAAAUUACACAAAAAACAUCUAAUGAAAUUGUCCAUGGAAGAACUUGUAGAAUUUUUUCAGGAGACCCUGGCAAAGGAUUUUUUCUUUGAAGAUGAUUUUGUGAUAGAGCAACUUCAGAUUUCUAUGGCAGAACUAAAGUGGGCAAAGUUAGACCUUCCAGAACCUGGUAAAGAGGAUGAAUAUCCAAAGAAGCCCUUGGGGCAGCUUCCACCUGAACUUCAGUCUUGGGGCGUCCAUCACUUGAGCAACGGACAGAGGAGCGUGGGCCGGCCGAGCCCGCGGGCCAGCGGCAGGAGGGAGAGCGGGGCGUCCCACAGGAGGCACGAGCACUCCCCGCACCCCCAGAGCAGGACCGGGAGGCCCGGGAGAGCGCAGCCGCCAAGACGGAAAUCGGUGGAGGAGGAGAGCAAAAAGCUUAAAGAUGAGGCAGAUGUUCAAAGAAAACUCCCAUCAGGUCCACAGGACAGUUCCAGACAAUAUAAUCACGCAGCUGCCAACCAAAAUAGCAACGCCGCUUCAAAUAUCAGGAAGGAAUUUGUGCCCAAAUGGAAUAAACCCUCAGACGUCUCAGCUACGGAGAGAACUGCCAAAUGCACCAUGGACGGCAAAGGUCGAGCAGCGCACCCCACGCUCGCACUCACCGCCCCAGGCCCUGCCGAGGUGCGGGUGUCAAACGUGCGGCCAAAGAUGAAGGCCCUGGAUGCUGAGGACGGGAAGCGGGGCUCCACCGCAUCCCAGUGCGACAACAGGCCGGGCGCGGAGCUGAACAGCGGCGCUUUGGAGGAGGCGCUGGAAAGGGCUUCCCAGAGCCCGCGGCAUGCCCUUUACCCUCCCAGCCCGAGAAAGCACGCUGAGCCAAGUUGCAGUCCAUCAAAAGUAUCCAACAAGUUUGCUUUUAAAGUACAGCCUCCAAGUCAUGCACGAUAUCCGUCCCAGCUAGAUGGGGAAGCCCGAGGGCUAGCUCAUCCCCCCUCCUACAGCAAUCCCCACGUUUACCAGGGAAACUCUCCCAAACACUUCCCUCCUGCCGACAGCAGCUUUGCUUCUCCACAGUUUAGCCCCGGGACUCAGCUGAAUCCUUCCAGGAGACCUCAUGGUUCUACUCUUUCCGUCAGUGCUUCUCUGGAGAAAUCUUACAGCCGCCCAAGCCCCCUUGUACUGCCGUCUAGUGGAAUAGAAGUCCUCCCUGUUGACACUGGUGCUGGGGGAUAUUCGGGCAAUUCAGGGUCAUCAAAGAAUGGAAAAUUGAUCAUUCCGCCAGUGGAUUAUUUGCCAGAUAACAGAACAUGGUCAGAAGUUAGUUAUACACACAGACCUGAGACGCAGGGACAAUCAUGGACCCGAGAUGCUAGACGUGGCAAUUUACCAAAAUACUCAGCCUUUCAACACGCACCCUUUCAGGACCAUGGCCUCCCUGCAGUUUCUGUAGAUAGUCCCGUGAGGUAGAAAGCUUCACCGGCUGCAGAAGAUGCCAGUCCAUCUGGGUAUCCAUAUUCAGGGCCCCCGCCUCCAGCCUACCACUACAGGAAUAGGGACGGGCUUUCCAUCCAAGAGUCAGUGUUGCUGUGAGAUGUGAUGUGUACUUGCUAAAGACAAGAGAGAGAAACCACAUGAAACCUACAUUGCUAUGUUCAUAAUUGCCAAAGCAGAAUUUAUACUAUUGUAAACAACUCGCGCAUCUCUCCUGUCUGUCAGUAAUAAGAGUACAGGGAAAUGUCUUCAGCCCCACGUAGAUGCUGCUUAAGAUGAGCAUUACAACUGCAUCAUCACUGACCUGUUAGAAUUUAACCCGGAAACAUAGCAAUAGCAUUUAGGGAUGCACGCACAAUGGUAAUUUAUUACUCAGUUCCGUUUAUGUUUUUCUCCAAAACCUGAACAUUUUUACUCUGUUGGCUCAUUCUAUUUUGACUAAUGUUACAAAGUACUGAAAAAACUGUAGAAUAGAUAUUUUUAACGCUA